AUGGCGCCAAACGACAAGACCCUCAUCGUCAUUGGCUCUGGACCCGGCAUAGGUCGAGCAGUCACGUCACUCUUUGCCGCGAAGCGAUACGGCAAUGUUGCUUUGAUUGCACGACGCGCAGAGCAGCUGGAACUCGAACAGAAGGCUGUUGAGGAAGCCGUCGGUGCCGGGGUCAAGGUCAAGACCUACGCUCUGGACGUCACCAACAGCGAGGCCCUUCUUAAGGCCCUGGAUGAUAUCGAGAUUCAGCUUGGCAAGCCCGAGUGCAUCUUCUAUAACGCUGCUCGUGUGCAACCCUCCGAGCUGCUCAGCCAUGAUGUCAAAGACAUCGAGUUCGACUUCAAGAUCAAUGUCUCGGCUCUUUACGUUGUGGUCCAGCGGGAACUCCCGCAUCUUAUUGAACUGGCAAAGCAUAGAAAAGACGCAUGGCCGUCUAUCAUCGUGACCAGCUCGAUGCUGCCUCAGCAUCCCGUUCCACAGUUCUUUGCCCUCUCCCUUGCCAAGGCUGCUCAGCGCAAUUUGGUGCAGAGUCUCUCUCUGACCUAUGCCUCGGAAGGUGUGCAUUUGGGUCUCAUAAAUGUUGGUGGACCAGUUUCACCGGAACAUGAGACUUGGAACCCUGGCAACAUUGCUGCCAAGGCGUGGGAUUGGUUUUCGAAAUCCAGAGACAGCCUAGACUUUGAAGUUUUGAUCUAG